GUUUAGACUGGAUAAAGAAGGUGAAAGUGAUGAAGGUGGACUGGACAGAGAGAAGUGGAAGAGCUUGUGUAACAUGAGAGGAAAAACUGUGUCUAUAUGAGCCCAAUCUACAGAGAGUAAAAUGAGUCUGAGUCAGUGUCACUAUAUAUCAACUCUAGCUGGAUUUAAACACUCAGUUCAGAUCAGAGGAAGUUCACAACCACAGGAGGAGCUGAUGAUGAUUAAAGGAAGAGCUGUAACUAUAUAAUGAAGAGAAAGACUGACAGAAACAGAAAAUGGCUGAUAAGUGUGAUCUGUGUCUGCUGGGACUGAUCAUUCUCUCUUCACUUCUCACAGGUACCAGUGGAGUGGAUGAUGUUCAUGUGUUCAUCAGUUCUGGUGAAAAUGUCCGUCUGUCCUGUAAUAAUGAUCUUUCUGACUGCAAAUCAACUACAUGGAUCUACAGCAGACAUUCAGCAGCAGUUGAACUGAUUGUUGGAGGCAUAAAGAAGAAAGGCACAAAGAGACGUAAGAGACUGAGUCUGGGGUCUGACUGCUCUCUGAACAUCAAGAACGUCACAGAAGAAGAUUAUGGAUAUUACAGCUGCAGACAAUAUGAGAAUGACAAACAACAAGGAACUGAUGAACGUGUUUUUCUGCAUGUUCUUCAUGUUUCAGUGUCUCCAUCAUCAUCAUCAUCAUCCUCACAGACUGAGAUCAGUCCAGGUCGCUCUGUGACUCUCUCCUGUCAGUUGUAUUCUGGAUUCUCCUGUGAUUAUUGGGUCUAUUCUGAGGGACUUCAGCUGUUGUGGGUGAAUCAGACUGGUGUUGAUCUGACGACAGACUCCAGAUAUCAGAUAUUAUUCUCAUCAGAUCACUGUAUCAUCACUCUGACUACAACACUCCUGAAUGAAGAUGACAACAGAGAGUGGAGAUGUCAGCUUACGCUCAGAAAUCAACUCCAGACCUCAGUCAGAUACACUGUCAAGUAUUCAGAUCCAGCUGACACAGCAUCAGAAACUGAAGUCAGUGUGACUGCUGGAUCAUUAUUCAGAGUGAUUGUGAUUAUUGUUGAGAUGGCAGUGUUUGCUGCUCCUACUGUGAUUCUUCUUCAGAUCAUCUGUGCAAGAAGAGCUGGGAGGAAGGACUCGCAGCACCCAGAGGAAAUAGAGAUGCCUACAAUAUUACAAUAAAAUACUGCUGAGUUUGGAGACAAUCUGAAACAAGAUUUAAAACAGCAGAAACUCUCAGAGGAUUGUUCAUUGAUUGAUUUUCUUCUUCUCAGAAAACAGAGAAAAAAACUCCCUGAAGAAAUAGUGACAUCAAAGAGUUUAGAUUCAAAUAUCUUUAACAAAUAAAAGGCCAGAUUUAUGUUCAUUUAUAUGGUUUAUGGAUAUUUUCCUACAGUGUUGAAUGUCAUUUUCUUGUGGUUCAUAUAUAAACUGCUUUAAAUAUAAUAUUAAUACAGUAAUGGACAGACUGUUUGUAAAAUCCUCUCUCUGUUGGUCUGGUGAUUCUCAUAUCUUGUCUUUUCAUUCCUGUUUUUAGCAUCUUUGUUCAUUUUGAAUGAUUUCUACUAAUUUUCUUAAUUAAACCUCUGUAAUUGUUUAAUAUGUCUCCUUUCCUGAGAUGUUUGUCACAAAUAUGGUGAUUCAUAAGCUUGUAAUGUGAGAAUGAACAGCAGCAAAGAUAAACUAAUAAUGAAAUGAUUCAUUCAUGUUCAUAAUGAUUCAUAUAACUUUAUUCUGGUUAGUUCAGAAAUCCACUUUGAUAAACUAAUGACUUUAACACACUUCAUCUUCUCUCACAGCCGGUCACAAGAGCACAGUUAUUGGUUUAGACUUGUAAGUGCAAUUAUUCUUUAAAUGCAUACAGAUAUUGCCCAAAUUAAUUUCACCAAUAUAAAGUUUGUUUGAGAAUGAAGAUAUUUGCUCACAUCAGACACUCUGUGUGUUAAUACAAUAUAAUAUAACAGUACAGUAAAC